AUGCCACAAUCAUUACUAGAUAAACUAAGACCAUCAAUGACAGAAUCAGAAUUACCACACUUGUAUUAUAAUCCUAAAGACCAUAAAAUAGAUGAACCACUUCGACCCAUAGUAAGCGGAAUGAAAUCACCAUUAGCAAAAAUAGCUAGUUUUCUUGAUAAAAAUAUUCGACCAAUAUUUGAUAAACAUACAUCCUAUUCUAUUUCUAAUUCAAUAGUACUUUUAAAAUACUUAAAAGAAUAUAAAACAACAUCAGAAACAAUUCUUUACACGUUUGAUAUAACAGAUUUGUACACAAUGAUCCCACAAAAAGAAGCAGUGUUAGGUGUAUUUGAAUUUUUAGGCAGACAUGGUUAUCGGAAAGUACGUAAUCUAUCGAUAAACACAAUUAAAGCAUUAUUUUUACACGCACUAGAAAAUUCCUAUUUUGUACUUCAAUUGCCAGGAGAACAACCUAAAUAUUAUAAACAAAUUAGAGGAGGAGCCAUGGGCUCAGCAUGUACUCAAGUACUAGCUGAUAUAUACGUUAGAAAAUGGGAGAGUUAUUUAGUAAAAGAACAAUAUAAAUAA